CUAUAUUUAGGAAGAACAACUGUGAGCUAUGACAGGAAUUCUCUUUAACACUUAGCCUUAAACUGAGUUCCCCUCCAGCCCCGAGCCAGGAGCAGCUCUCAGUACCAGGAGAGACACAGAGCACUUGAGCUAUUUCAGCCACAUGAAAAGCAUCGGAAUUGAGAUCACAGCUCAGAGGACAACCGGAGUCCCUUCCACUCUCCAAGGAGCUUUGUAUUCUUGCACCUGGCUGCCUGGGACUUUCCUUAGGCAGUAAACACUUACAGAAAGCAGGAAUAAGACUGCGUGAAUAUGUCAAAACAGCCAGUUUCCAAUGUCAGAGCCAUCCAGGCAAAUAUAAAUAUUCCAAUGGGAGCCUUUCGGCCAGGAGCUGGGCAACCCCCCAGAAGAAAAGAAUGCACUCCUGAAACAGAGGAGGGAGCUCCUCCCACCUCAGAUGAGGAAAAGAAGCCAAUUCCAGGAGCAAAGAAACUGCCAGGACCUGCAGUUAACCUUUCGGAGAUCCAGAAUAUUAAAAGUGAACUGAAAUAUGUCCCCAAAGCUGAACAGUAGUUGGAAAAAAAUAGGCUUGAUGUGAAGAAUUAAGGUGGAAGUGGAUGAAUUCAAAUAAAUAUAGCUCACUAAACAUUUUUAUAUAUUUGUAUGAAGAUUAUGAACCUGCUGAAUGUCUGAAACUCUAGCAGAAAUUGCCUGUUUGUACACUUAUAUCUCUUCCUUCUAGUUGUCUGAAUUUCUCAGUUUAAUUUAUCUUCAUUUUUGGCACCUUGCAGAGCAAAUCAGCCCAUGAAUUCACCACCUGGAGGGUGUGAUUUGAGGAGGGAUAUGAUUUUAUGGACAGGGAUAUGGCAAUGUGCAUAACAGUAAUUUUGAUGAAAAGUUCUCUAAGCUACUUCUCACAGUCUUUUGGGUCAAUAUUUAGAAUGCAUUUUAGUUCUUCACCUUUUAAAUUAUGUCAAUAAACUUUUUAUGAGUUCAAAUAAA